AUGUCGGAACAAGAAAGAAAUGAAGUAAAUUACUCUAAUGUAAGGAAGGAUAGAGUUGUAACAAACUCCACAGGUAAUCCUAUCAAUGAACCAUUUGUCACCCAACGCAUCGGGGAACAUGGUCCUUUGCUUAUGCAAGAUUAUAACCUAAUUGAUUCUUUGGCGCAUUUCAAUAGGGAGAAUAUUCCUCAAAGAAACCCACAUGCUCAUGGCUCUGGUGCUUUUGGUUAUUUUGAAGUGACUGAUGACAUUAGUGAUAUUUGCGGGUCUGCCAUGUUUAGUGAGAUUGGUAAGAGAACGAAAUGUUUAACCAGAUUCUCCACUGUGGGUGGUGACAAAGGCAGUGCGGAUACAGUCCGUGAUCCAAGAGGGUUUGCGACGAAGUUUUAUACAGAAGAAGGUAAUUUGGAUUGGGUCUAUAAUAAUACGCCUGUAUUUUUUAUCAGAGACCCUUCUAAGUUUCCCCAUUUUAUCCAUACACAGAAGAGAAACCCACAGACAAAUUUAAGAGACGCUGACAUGUUCUGGGAUUUCCUUACUACUCCAGAGAAUCAGGUGGCCAUUCAUCAAGUUAUGAUCCUUUUUUCAGACCGUGGUACACCUGCUAAUUAUCGUAGUAUGCAUGGAUAUUCUGGCCAUACUUACAAAUGGUCUAAUAAAAAGGGAGAUUGGCACUACGUGCAAGUUCAUAUCAAAACAGACCAAGGAAUAAAAAACUUGACCAUAGAACAGGCGACAGAAAUAGCAGGGACUAAUCCGGACUACUGCCAACAGGAUUUGUUUGAAGCUAUUCAGAAUGGUAAUUAUCCAUCGUGGACAGUAUAUAUCCAAACGAUGACCGAGCUUGACGCUAAGAAGUUACCAUUUUCAGUCUUUGACUUGACUAAGGUAUGGCCUCAAAAGCAAUUUCCAUUACGACGUGUGGGUAAGCUUGUUUUGAACGAGAAUCCUUUGAAUUUUUUUGCUCAAGUUGAACAAGCAGCAUUCGCCCCCAGUACCACCGUUCCGUACCAAGAAGCAAGCGCUGAUCCCGUGUUACAGGCUCGUUUAUUUUCAUACGCGGAUGCACAUCGAUACAGACUGGGACCCAAUUUUCACCAAAUACCUGUAAACUGUCCUUAUGCGUCAAAAUUCUUUAAUCCCGCCAUUAGAGAUGGGCCGAUGAAUGUAAACGGUAACUUUGGCUCGGAGCCUACCUACUUGGCUAACGAUAAAUCUUACAACUAUAUCCAACAAAAUAGACCUAUCCAACAACACCAAGAAAUAUGGAAUGGACCAGCUGUUCCUUACCAUUGGGCAACGUCUCCAGGUGAUGUUGAUUUUAUUCAAGCAAGGAAUCUCUACCGCGUUUUAGGCAAGCAACCUGGACAGCAGAAGAACCUAGCUCAUAACAUUGGUAUUCACGUAGAAGGUGCCUGUCCUGAAAUACAGCAGCGCGUUUAUGAUAUGUUUGCUCGUGUUGAUAGAGGACUAUCUGAAGCAAUCAAGAGCGUAGCAGAGUCUAAACAUGCUUCUGAGCUUUCAAGUAACUCUAAGUUUUGA